ACUCACUAGAAACACGGUGGGUGACUGCUUUUCCUCUCUCGCAAUUUCAAUAUCCUCUGGUUUACAAUUACAUUACAAUAGGCUAUCUCCAUUUACCUCCAUUAAUGCACGCUAGCCAUUGCCUCAGCCCUCAACGACACCAUCUUAUUCAAAAGUCAAGAGUUUUGGAAGCUUUUAAAGAAGCUUAAUCAGAUAUCAAUAGUUUAAUUGAACUGAGCUGAACCGCUAACAAUGGAAACCCUAGAACCAACAACCCCUUCUCCUUCUUCAAAAGCAGUAAAUAUUGAUUCUAGAAGCCCUGCCUCCACUCCUUCGUCUCUAGCCCCAUCAGUAUCGAGGCUGUGGAGGCCAGCCGCCAUACGAAAUCUCCGAAACCAGUGGUCAAAGCUAUCUUCUUUAAGAAAAGAAUGGAACUCUUUUUCUUCCAAUGGACGAUCUCUUGCCACUUCUCUUGUCAACGCUUACCUUUCUGAGAAAUUCAUGCCCUCAAUGGAACUGGGUGCUCUAAGUGAUAUACCUGAUAUUAGAAAGUCAGCUUCUUGGAAACUGUUUAAGCAGCAAGAGCUUUAUAAGAACAAAUUGUUGACAUCAUACAAAAAAUUGGUUGCUGUUGUAACUCAGAUGAGCAAAGCUAGUAAGUCCAUGAGAUGUUAUCUCAAAGGGACAAGUAAUGCUUCAUUAGUAGAAUUUUCUAGCUCUUCUGAAGACAUAAAUGAUUCAGGAGAUGGUGGUGGGAUUCCAGUCUUUGCAUUUCGGUCAGUCUCUUGUUUUGAGAAAUUGUCUGAGGAGCUUGUUCAGAUGUUUAUACUUGAAUUGAAUUUGAAGCGCUUUCUUGUUGUAGAAUUGUUAUCUCUCAGUUGUGAAGCUUCAAAUGUCAAAAGGUUCAAUUGGUCAGAUGAGCUCUAUCAAGGAGAAUUUGAUGAUCUGAAAGUUUGUAACUUGUUUUCUGAGGAAACAUCUGGGCCAGUCCAACCACGAUUGGCCGUUUCAAAGUCUGAUGUCUCAAAUUCGGGUCGUAAUCGGCAGUUGAAUGAGAAUACUAUGGAGGUUUACCUUACAACAUGGCUUGCAGAGGUGAAUAUAUGUUCUAUGAGGGUGGAUGGUAUAUUUGCUGAAAUUGGGGAGGAAAUGGGUGUUAACAAUUUGUAAGCUGGUUUGGUUUGGAUGGUGAAAGACCAAAAUUGUUCACAAGAAACUGAAGCACCAGAGAAUUAGCUAAAGGUUAAAUUGUUCAGUAGGUUCUUGCAAAUUUAUGUUUUGUUUAUUGACUGAGCUGAAAUUUGACAGCAGAAGUAGACCAUCUAAUCUUGUAGGUGUGAUCUGAGUGAAGUUGGAUAUACUGUCGUUUCAAAAAGAAAAAUAACUGUUCCAGUCUUCUGUUACCUAAAUAAUAAUUGGUAUAGUUUUAUUUCUGGUCUCGUAAUUUUUGGUUUACUGUUAGCCAAUACUUUAUAUACAAUCCGUGGGAGUGUUUUAUGGAAAUAUUAGUGGAAUAUGCUCCAGAAAAGCAUAAGAAAA